AUGCACAAGAAACCGCAAUACAUGAACACUAUGACAAACAAGCAGAAACGCCGGACAUAUCUUGCUGAGCUACAGGAGUACCAAGCUAUGGGAAAGAUCAUCCUAUACAUGGAUGAAACAAAUUUUAACUUGUGGUCUACACGUACGCGUGGGCGCAGUCUACGUGGCCGCCGUGCAAUGAAGAAGGUGUUUGCUGGCGGUGGCCAAAACAUGCACGUCAUCGCCUGCAUUAGCGAGAACGGAUUAGUGUACAACGAGACCAAAUUCGUUACAAACCGCCACGCCAACACGAAUGACUUCAUUCGCUCGCUUCUGCGCCACAUUCGGGACGCGUCGGAACUCACGCUAGCUGAUGUUGUGCUGGUGCUCGACAACACGCCGUGCCAUUGCCGGGCAGAAAGCUCAUUGCUGAAAGCGUUUAUGCGAGAAAACCGACGCCAAAUUCUUGGUGUUCCUCCCGGUGUGACCAUGAAGGACCAUCGUCAAUAUUUCCUCCAAACGGCUGCCAAUCAAUACCUCCCGGAGGUGACUACCGCAGCUAGCUGUCGCAAGUUUUAUCGGCACACGCCAUACAAUGUUGAUCCGUUCAUGUACACUUGA